AUGCUUGAUGAGCGGGAUGUAUAUUUUACAAUUUGUUCAUAUCGAAUUAUCUUUUAUUAUGAAGUUCGCUAUCUGAUCAUAGGAAUAGAAACCCUCGGCUUUAGACUGAAUUACGAACCGAUGCACGACAAGAAAGCGAAGAGUCACCUUGCAACGCAAUCUCUCAAGAUGACGGGGAUAACCGGAUCAUCAUGUCUAGGGAUCCUCAUCCCCUGUGUCAGAGAUCUCUACAUCAGCAGGAUUUGGGACUUAGCGCCAGCUCUAUCUAUCACGGGGAGGGAGACGGCUGAUGGGGAUAGAACGUCUGCGUUAACCACGUCGUCAAAAAUCUCUGGAUUUGGCGCAUAUGACUUGUCGGAUUGGUUGCUCGUCUCGUUCGCUAGGCGUUGGAACUCACAUCUUGAACCCUCAGACAGCUUUAAGUCUCUCGUCCGUACUCACGAUAUUGAGGGAGGAAUUUCCGAAGCGAAUGAGAAUCUAUAUCGCUUUCAGUUUUCUCAACCGCCCAUGCAACAGUCGUACGUAUACUUGCCGCGUGCCCAACAAUAUUUCUUCCUCUCAUUUCACUUCCCCUCCAUUGAAGCAUAA